CGGGCUGGGGUUAUGUAGCAGGAACCGCGGCCGCUCGACACUGAGGAAAAAUGGCGGCCAGAGUCCUUCAGAGCCUGGGGAAGGGCCUGCACCAGGCUAACAGCGGGCUACGACCUAAACAGCAGGCGGGAUUAGCUAUCAGAGCCCUGUCUGCGUCCUCAAACCUAAACCGAGAAGACAGCUGGUUUAAGUCUCUCUUUGUGCGAAAAGUUGAUCCCAGGAAGGACGCACAUUCUCAUCUGCUGGCCAAGAAAGAAGACCAUAACCUGUAUAAAAUUCAGUUUCACAAUGUCAAGCCUGAGUGCCUUGAUGAUUAUAACAAACUUUGUGAACAGGUCUUGCCAUCUAUCCAUGCCAACCCUGAUUAUCCGUGCGAGCUGGUGGGCACCUGGAACACGUGGUAUGGAGAGCAGGAUCAAGCAGUGCAUCUGUGGCGAUACAGAGGAGGCUACCCUGCCCUGACUGAGGUCAUGAACAAACUCAGGAAGAAUAAGGAGUUCAUGGAGUACAGAGAAAAGCGAGGGAAGAUGCUGCUGUCCCGUAGAAAUCAGCUGCUGCUCGAGUUCAGCUUCUGGAACGAGCCUGUGCCCAGAGCCGGGCCCAAUAUAUACGAGCUCAGGUCCUACCAGCUCCGGCCUGGAACGAUGAUCGAGUGGGGAAAUUACUGGGCUCGGGCUAUUGAGCUCCGACAGCAGAACAACGAGGCUGUGGGAGGGUUCUUCUCUCAGAUCGGAAGUUUGUACAUGGUGCAUCACCUGUGGGCGUAUAAAGACCUGCAGUCGAGGGAGGAAACUAGAAAUGCAGCUUGGCAGCAUGAAGGUUGGGAUGAAAUUGUCUACUACACGGUUCCUCUGAUCCAGCACAUGGACUCGAGAAUAAUGAUCCCACUGACGAGUUCACCUCUGAAGUAGCGAUAACGACGACCCGGACAGAAAGCUGCAAAACAAACCGACAAACCAUUUUUAUUACGAGAUUCCAACUGAGCACUGCUGUGGAUCUCUCUUCACUUUUUUCGGGGGGGAGGAACAUUUGUAGCAUUCUCACUUUUCAUUUUUGUUUUUUGGUCCUUUUCCAAAAUCUUCGUCCGUUCACUGAUUUUAAUUCAUGUGGCCAGUUUGAUCAGAAUUGCUCAACAAAAGAGAAAUGAAUUACUCCGGAUACACUCUAACUUCUCCUGGUUUCUACUUGUUACCAUGGUUACAGCAGUUAUAGCACUUCUGUUGUUCAUGUCAUGAAACCUUGGUCAUGUUUUCAUUAAAAUCCAGUCAGGGUGUUUUGACUGUUACUUCAUUUUGGGAUGUUUGUUGGAGUUUUUUUUAAAAGGCAAAUAAAUUCUAGCAUGCUUGUUUGUGAUAUUGUUUUUUUUUUUUUUUAAUUUGUACAUUAAGUCAGAGAUAUUGAUCAAAACAUCCUGAUUUGGAACUUUAGUCAGUGAUGUUCAUGUCUUGUGCAUAUUUACUGUAGUUCAGUUUUAUAACUAAGUAAUCGAACUGCAGUUGAAACUGAACCUGUGUGAGAUUUAAUGCAGGUAGUGAGUCUGUGUGCAGAAAUAAUUUCCUAAAAUAAACACGCACGCUGAGUAGACGGUGCAGUUAAAAUUUAAUAAUACACAACUCCUUUUAUUGUAUGAAACCCAAGAGUUGGUAGUUUGUUGAAUACUGAUUGUAGAUGUGAGAACUGCAGUGUGUGUGUGUGUGUGUGUGUGUGUUUGGAUUGAUAUGAAGUGUGAGAACGGUUCACGUACGACUUCAUCAAAGUGACAGCCCUUUAAUCUGGGGUCCUAGCAGCCCAAUAAAUUUAACCAUAUUUUCUUUCCUUUCCAGCUGUGGUGUUUGUCCAGUUCAUUUCCGCUCACUGACUCGGUCACGGCCACGAUUCGUGUACUGAAUUAUCGUACUCGCUCUCUUUUAACUCAGUGGUCACCUUGCCAACGAUUAACGAAUAUCAAAAAAAUUCAUCUUUAUACUUUAGAAAACCGACAGGAUGUAGUUCCACUCAGCCAAACUGAGAUUUUGUGUGGCUAAUGGAUGGAGUCGUACAUAUUUAAUAUGGUUUUAUUUAAUAUCCACUACUUUGAGAUUAGAUGUACAUACUGAAAUAAAUUUAUGAUUGAACUACA